AGAGAUUAGAUUUGUAGCAAAUAAAGUAAAUAUUUUCACAAAUGGCUUAUAACUUCAUGUGUAUAAUAAUCCUGAUAACUUUUGCAUUGUUUUAUAAAACGACCUUGGCAUAAAGCCCCAAUAACCAAACAAAUAACCAUUCUAUUUCUAAAUUCCAAAGAGAGUGCGAGUAAUUAAGAGCGUUUACUCUAUUGCUAUGCGGUAAAUUGCUUUAUUUGAGCGGCAUUUGUAAAAAAAAGUUUUUAUUUACCAGAAAACCAUACAAAUAAUCAUUAGUGUGCAGGCGGCGAUUCUAACAACAGUAGCUAAAAAAUCUAACUAAUAUUUCGGGGUCAACUGUUAUUUCAGAAGGUUAAAAUAAUUGCUCAACAAAGACUUAUACCUUAUGUUAAAAAAAAUCUAAACUAUUUAUUUGAAAUUAGUGCCAAGCCAUAAAAUUGUUGCCACUAAUCUUACCGCACCAUAUAAACCUACCAUGCGCUAUAAAGUUUUAUUUGAGUUUUUACUAAUUUUGGUACUAACAGUGCAAUUUCUUAAUGGCGCCUCUUUGAAUAUUUCCACACUUGAUGACAGCAAAGAGGAAUUAUUGCAAGAUUCCCGCUACUAUGUCUAUAACAUAGAACCAAGGCCUAUUAGUUUAAAGGCCCGAACAGAGCAAAAAGUGCAAAGUAGCGGUAAUACUCACAUGGAUAUUGUUGAUGUCAGAAAUAUGGCAAACAAGGAUAACGGUAAAACUAAUUUGACAGCUGUGACCUGGGCUCAUGCUGUCAACAGCCAACAACUGUUAAAUGAAGCUCUCGAUAGUGACAUCGACAUGAUUGAAGCCGAUAUUGUUAUGGGAAAAAUUAAUGGCACAGGUCCCGAUAUGCCUGUCAUGGCUCAUCCACCGGCAAAGACUUCGGAUAUAUCAUUGGACUCCUUUCUGGAACAAAUAAAGACCUACAAUGAUGCACAUACUCAGAAAAUGAAAGGAGUAAAAUUGGAUUUUAAAUCCAUAGAGGUGUUUGAGGGCUCAUUGGAAACACUGCAACAGAAAGUUCCAUUGAUGUCUUAUCCCAUUUGGUUGAAUGCCGAUAUCAUAAGAGGUCCUGUAAAUCAAAUUACUACCAAACCUGUAGAUCCAGAUCGUUUCUUUGCUGGCUCUUCACUAUUUCCCCAAGCUGUUCUCUCCAUAGGCUGGACCACCCGUUGGUUUUCGAGUGAAAAUAAUGGUUCAUACACGCCACAACAAAUAGAUGACAUGUUGGAUGCCAUUCACCGAAAUAAUGUUACAGCCACUGGUCAACCCAUCACAUUUCCAGUUAGAGCAGGCAUAGCAGCAAAUAGCCUAGAUGCGUUGCAUAACUUGGUGAAAUCGGUAAAUUCCACCAAUGAGAGCACCCUUACACUGUGGUCAUCCCAGAAUGACUAUGUGGAUGUUGAGAAAUUAAGGCAAUUGAUUUUCUCCUUUGGCUUUCAUCGAGUCUAUUUGGAUGUACCCGAAGAUUUGGCCAAUAAAUUGAAUUUAUCAAGCAACAAUGAUGAUGGAAAGGAUGGUGGUGGCAGUAUGUCAACAUCGCUAAUGAACUUUUGCCUCAUAAGUGCGGGAAUUUACAUGUUGAGUUUGUAUAUGGAAAAUAUGCAUGUUAUGUAAUGUAAGAACAUAAAUAAAAGUUAAAUUUUGUAGCCUGA